UUCUCCAGCAUCUGGCCACACUCGCUGUCUCCGAUUCAGCAAAACAGAAAAUGUGGGUUCCCAGCACGCCGGUAACUUUGGUGACUGCAGUAGCGGCCGUGGCUGGUGGGGUGUGCAUAUUCAAAGAUUACUACAGCGGUCCUCCGUACGACCGGUCCGUCCGUGCCGACAACAGAACAAUUAUAAUUACUGGUGCUAACAGCGGUAUCGGGAAAGCUGCAGCAAAAGACUUCGCCAAAAGGGGUGCUAAGGUGUUUAUGGCGUGCCGUGACGUCAAGAAGUGCGAGGAGCAACGGCGCGACAUCGUGCUUGAGACGAACAACAAAUACGUGUACUGCAGACCCUGCGACCUGGCCAGCACGGCCUCCAUCAGAGAGUUCGUUGCCAGAUUCAAAGGAGAGGAGCCACACCUUCACGUGCUGGUCAAUAACGCCGGGGUGAUGGAACCACCCAAGGGAGUCACUAAGGACGGCUUCGAGACCCAGCUCGGGGUCAAUCACCUCGGACAUUUCUUGCUGACAAAUUUGCUCCUGGAUACGCUCAAGGCCUCAGCCCCGAGCCGCGUGGUGGUGGUGUCGAGCAGCGCGCACCAGCGCGGGCGAAUCCACAAGCACGACCUCAACAUGAGCGAGAACUAUGACGCGUCCGCCGCCUACAGUCAGAGCAAGCUCGCCAACCUACUGUUCGCGCGGGAGCUUGGCAGGAGGUUACUCGGAACUGGAGUGGCGACAAUCGCAGUAGACCCUGGCCUCGUAGACACGGACAUCACCCGCCACAUGUCAAUGAUGAAAAGCGUUACUCGGUUCUUCAUAUACCCACUGUUCUGGCCCUUCAUGAAGAAACCCGAAAUCGGAGGGCAGACAAUAGUGCACGCUGCCCUAGACCCUAAGCUGAAAGACUGCGCUGGAGACUAUUACGUUGAUAUGAAGAAAGCUGAACCAUCACAAGAAGCUCAAGACUUCGAGCUGGCGCAGUGGCUGUGGAGGGUCAGCGAGGCGUGGACCAAGCUGGAUGAGCAUAAACAAGCCAUCGCCAAAGACACACGGAAUUAAGAGACAGAUUCAAAUAAAUAUUUUGAUUGAGGGUAGUUGUGUAAAAAGGCAUUUUUUGAACAAGACACCGAAGUCAUUCGACUGUUACUUUUAAUUUUAAUGAUCUAAGUGAAUAUGUGCUAUUCAUUUGAUUAAUUGUUACAUUUACGCAUUUAAAAUAG